CGGAGAAGCCGAUUUCUCUCUUUCCACCCUAUCAAUGAAGGAGAUCCACGCCAUUUCCAUUCCAGCAGCAACACAGUUUAAUUAUUAGAUUAGUACCCUAAUAAUAGUCAUCAAACGCUUAAUUACAAAAACCGUCGCUUCCUCCCUCCCUGUUUCGAAAUCUGGUUUUGGUUUGCUCGGCCAGCCAUGGCCGUUUCUCUCAUCAACAUCAUCUUUCCAAUCCCUCCCAAACCCCCUUUCUCUCCCUAGCCAACCUCUCCUCAACUCCUUCCGUCCCUCUCCAGUUCAUUUCUUCGUCGUGAUGCUCGUGUUCUGAAACCAAUUUCAUCGGUCCAAUUUCCAUGGCGAUCGUCACCGGCGAUCGCUACUUGGAAAAGCUGGUAAACUUCGUCGAGCAGCAGGCCGGUCCGCUGAUCGACGGCGCUCUCGUCCUCAAGCUCAACCCGGCGGGGCUCCACUACGUCCACUCCCGUCUCGAGGCCUUGCAGGAGCUGGAGAAUCUCGUCGCCGGUGCUCCCGUCGACUACCUCCGCGCCUACGUCUCCGACCUUGGGGACUACCGCGCGCUCGAGCAGCUCCGCCGUAUCCUCAGGCUGCUCACGUCGCUCAAGGUCGUCUCGGUCCUGCCGCCGCCGACGCGAGAUCCUACGCCUCUGUCCUUGCUGCCGUUUGAGAAGUUGAAGGUGUUGGAGCUUAGAGGAUGCGAUUUGUCAACUUCGGCUGCCAGGGGUUUGCUUGAGCUGAGGCAUACCUUGGAGAAGAUCGUCUGUCACAAUUCUACUGAUGCUCUUCGGCAUGUGUUUGCCAGCAGGAUUGUGGACAUCAAGGACUCUCCACACUGGAACAAGCUAUCGUUUGUGUCAUGUGCAUCUAACCGGUUGAUUUUGAUGGACGAGUCGCUGCAGCUCCUUCCGGCUGUUGAGAUUCUUGAUUUGAGUCGAAAUAAGUUUGCUAAAGUUGAUAAUCUACGGAAAUGUGUUAAUUUGAAGCACCUGGAUCUUGGAUUCAAUCAUCUAAGAAGAAUUGCUCCCUUCGGUGAGGUACCAUGCAACAUUGUUAAGCUUGUACUGAGGAACAAUGCAUUGACAACAUUGCAUGGCCUUGAGAACUUAAAAUCGCUAGAGCAUCUUGAUGUCUCAUACAAUAUCGUCUCCAACUUUUUGGAGCUGGAGGUCCUUUCAAGCCUUCCAUCACUAUGCAACUUGUGGCUGGAAGGAAAUCCAUUAUGUUGCGGGAGAUGGUAUCGAGCACAAGUAUUCAGCUAUUUUUCUCAACCUUGCAAUUUGAAGCUGGAUGACAAGCCGAUCAACACAAGGGAGUACUGGAAGAGACAAAUCAUAGUUGCCAGCCGACACAAGCGACCUGCCAGCUUUGGGUUUUAUUCUCCUGCUAUAGAAGAUGCUUUAGGAGUGGGUUGUAUCAACAAGAAAAAACAAAAAGUAUGUCGUCUUGCCUCAAUCAAGAGUGAUGAAGAUUGCUUGUCUUCUAUGUCCGAUCCGGAGUCUUCCGCAUGCAAUCAUGAGGCUCAAAGCAAGGAAGAGAACAUGAAAUCUGAUGAUGAAGCUGAAAUUGUCAAUUUGAUGAACAGAGUUGAACUCAUGAAGAAAGAGCGCUCUUCUCUUUGGUUGAAAGAAUUAAAGAAAUGGAUGGAUCCUGAACCUGUGAAAUCUUUGGAUUGCAAUACAUAUAAUGGCUCCAUCUCAGAGGCUGCAAAAGGAAUCAUUGAAGGAAACAAAGUAAGGCAGAAGCAUGAGGGAAAAGGGUCAAGAUGUUCCUGUGACUGUCUUCAAGCUUCUGAAGAUGAGACUAGCACCAAUGUUUUUGACUCAGACAGUUCCCUUAUGGACGUGCAUAAUGAUGCACAGGGUGGUAUUGCUGUGCCUGAUUCUGGAAGGAAGAUUUUCAAGUCGAAGUAUCAAGGGCUAGGUACUCCAACUGUGCGAACUGCGAGUUCACAUCUUGAUAAUUCCAAAGUCCAGAGAGGAUGGGGGAUGUUUGAAAAUGUUAGAUUAUCACCAUUGAACACGAUAGAUGACACAACAGAAUCUCUGUCGUCUUCUAAUUUCCAUGGGUCUCCACCUCACUAUCAAAGGGACCUUUUGCACCGUCGCCAUAACCUGGUGGAAGAAAUUAUGCAGCUUUCUGUCGAUUCCUAUUCAGUGGUAUCUUCUGAUACUGAUACAACUGCUAGCGAAGAUGAAUUUUAUGACAUUGGGCAUCCUAUGUAUCAAUAUGAUGAUGGAAGUCAAUUGGCUGAAGAAAACUGUAAUCCGAAUCUUUCAAGGAUCUCAUUAUCAGUUAGCAAUUGGGAGAAGACUGGUGAAGGGAAUUCUAUUCAUCACAGAGGAGGUGACAAAUAUGUAUGGAACUCGCAUUCUGGACAAAUAUCUAGUAUAUCAGAAAGAGCAGGUACAUGGACCAAUGGUUCGUCUGGUGUUUCUUGCAAUGGUGUAGUUCCUAAUUCUGAUGACCAAGAGGCUCAUGAGGCGGAGAAGAGCAAAGAUAGGAGCAAAGCAAGGAGAAUUGGUCAAAUAGCAGAAAAUUCGGUUGAAUGUACAGGCCCAUCAGGAAAGUCUAAUGGUUGUCCAAAUGCUUGUGAAGGCAUAAAUGAGAAUCAACGAGAGCAAAUAGUUGAGGAAAAUGGUAUUCUGGAGGCCAUUGAUGAGAAAUGGUUGCGUACAAGUGCGUUUACUUCCAUACAUUCAACGGUUGGUAAAUCUUCCGCUGAUUCCAUAGAGAAAGACUUCCCGUGAUGAGACCUGUCUUUAUUCUGUGUUUUGCAGUUGUAUUCUUGAGACAGAAGCCUCACUCAAGGAAAGGUAGACUUUCUUCAGUAACCGAGUGAAGUUGUGUUAUUAUGGAGCAGUGAGAUCAAGCUGCAUUUGCUGCUUAUCGGUUUAGCUUUGAAUGGUACAGCAUCACAAAUAUGGAGGUUCUCUUUGCUGGCAUGCUGCAGGAAAUACUUUCAUUUUGUUACAAAAUUGAAGAUGUUAGUGAAGUCAUGACUGGCAUUGGACUUCAGAUCGUGAGAGUGUCCAUCCAGAGGCAAGCAACCUACUUGUUUCUGACCAGGAGCAUUGAAAAGUCAAGGCCAGCUCUUUUGUCCUUUGGAUCUUUUCAGUUCCUUGCCGUCAAAUGAGACUUUUUCAUUCAUAAGGUUCUCUAUGUUAUCCCCUUUCUCAUAUGAAUUAUGUUUUGAUUAAUUGAUUUCUGGCAGUGCAUGUGUAGUAAUAUUUCAGAUUGGCCAAUUAGUCCGGACUUUUCUGUUCACGUGUCUUUUAUUUAAAAUUCUACCGGUGUAUUUUGGAAACCUGUGUGGCAGUUUGGAGCAGGUUCAGGUUGAGUUGUUUGAGAAACAAAUAUGUGGUGGUUCAAGAACAAGCAUAUAUCAAAUAUUCUAUGGUUCAUUUCCGUCACAGCAACACAGGUGAGCUUUCUUCUCCUAAACUAGUGGACUUGAUGAUGAUAUUAGAACUUAGACGGACAUGAAAUGCCUAGAACAUUUAUUUAGUGCAAAGCAAGGCCUUUGAUAGGUAGCAUGGAGGAAGAACCGCCACGCCACACCAGUUGAUGAUAAGGUUUUUUAGGUUUGGCACCUUAACUCAAGGUUGAUGACUCUUAGAAGUCACAAUGAAUGACUCUUGCAAAAAGGCACUGAAAUUUGUAUUCACAAUACAAGCCCUCUUAUAUAGAGAGGCUGUAAAGUAGAAGAAAGAAAUCCCACUACUAGCCGAAUAGUAACCUUGUGAAAUUCUGCAUAGAAACCUGGAAUGGAAAGCUCUUGAAGAUUGUUCUUAGCGGAUUAGUUGAAGCUGGAAGAUGGUUCAUCCUGUGGUGAUUGGAAUUAUCUUUAUACUAGUUUGUUUUGUCACGAAGUCCUGCUAUGCUAAUAACCAUCUUGUUCUUGUUCAUCUUCUUUUGCUGAUUAGUUGAAGCUGGAUGACAAGCCAAUCAGCACAAGGGAAGGGAGUACUGGUUGCGUCUCUUGCCUGCCAUUCAUAAGCACAAGCAAUGGUGGCCUGAAGGGCCAAAUAAUUACAGCAUGUCUGCAACAGAUGCAAAGACAGGAAGGUUGAGAGGGCCAAAUUGGAGUUGCUUGCUAUAGCAAGGGUCGAAGGCAUGUUUCAAGUGAAGCGCGGCGCAUCUGUACACCAUAUUUAUUCAGUGCAUCAAACCUGUAUAGAUAGGCAUAAGCUAGUGGAGUUGUGUCAUAGCCCAAGAAGCUUGCAAUCUGAUUAGCAACAACUUUACUUUCUUCCAACAAGCAAUGCCAAUACAAAGUGGGAUGUUAACAAGUACAUAGCAUGUUUUCCUUAACCAUCUAUAUAUAUAUAUAGAGUGCCGUAUUCGGUGCACCCG